AUGUCUGAUAUCGAAGAAGGUACGCCUACUAAUAAUGGGCAACAGAAGGAGAGAAGAAAGAUAGAAAUUAAGUUCAUCGAGAAUAAAACAAGGCGCCAUGUGACAUUUUCCAAAAGGAAGCACGGUAUCAUGAAAAAGGCUUUCGAGCUUUCUGUGCUAACAGGCACCCAGGUUCUGUUACUUGUCGUUUCAGAAACUGGUUUGGUAUACACUUUCAGUACGCCGAAGUUUGAACCUAUAGUCACACAGCAAGAGGGUAGAAACCUGAUCCAGGCCUGUCUUAAUGCCCCUGAUGAUGAAGAAGAAGACGAGGAGGAAGACGGCGAAGAAGAUGACGAUGAUGACGAUGAUGGUAAUGAUAUGCAACGCCAGCAAGCGCAACAACAGCCGCAACAACAGCAGCAAGUAUUGAAUGCACACGCGAAUAGCUUAGGUCACCUGAAUCAAGAUCAGGUACCGGCAGGUGCGCUGAAACAAGAGGUGAAGUCACAAUUGCUAGGCGGUACUAAUCCUAACCAAAACUCAAUAAUUCAACAGCAGCAACAUCACACGCAGAAUUCGCAACCACAACAACAACAGCAGCAGCAACAGCAGCAGCAGCAACCACAACAGCAAAUGCCACAGCAUCCUCGACCACAGCAAGGAAUACCACAUCCGCAACAACCGCAGCCACAGCAACAGCAACAACAGCUGCAACAGCAACAACAACAGCAGCCUCUCACUGGCAUUCAUCAGCCUCAUCAACAGGCUUUUGCCAAUGCUGGCUCUCCCUACCUGAACGCUGAACAGAACGCUGCCUACCAACAAUAUUUCCAAGAACCGCAACAAGGUCAAUACUGA